GCCAAUUCCCCAUUUCGUCGUCCCGAUUGCCAACAGCUUCGAAGUUGCGUCAACACCACGUCGGGUUCAAUUCAAACACCACACACCAUAUCCAUCACAAUGGCUCCUUCAACACAAUUCGAAGUUUCGCAGCCACCCAGUGACGUUAUCUCAGCCGUGGUCUUCGCCCCCGAUAACACCAACCGCCUUCUCGUCUCUUCAUGGGAUAGGAACGUCUACCUUUACGAGAUCGCCGAAGGCACCGAAGAUGCCACCCUAGUUAACAAGUUCGAGCACCGUGCUCCCAUCCUUGAUGUCUGCUUUGGCGCGAACGGAAACGAGGCCUACACGGCGGGUCUGGACUGCUCAGUCAAGAGAAUCGACCUAUCCACAGGAGAGCAGACCGUCCUGAGCACACAUGAGAAACCCGUCCGAUGCGUCGUCUACAGCCCCCAGCACUCCAUGCUCAUCUCCGCCUCCUGGGACCACACUCUCCAUGUCCACAACACCUCCGCGCCGAACUCGACCCCAAUCACCAUCUCGCUCCCGGGCAAACCGCACGCCCUGGCUGCCAGCCCCUCCAAAGUCGUCGUAGCCAUGACCGCGCGACUAGUACACAUCUACGACCUUCCCACGCUCGCCUCGGCGCUCGCGUCGCCCGACCCCGCCUCCGUGACCAUCGCCCCCUGGCAACAGCGCGAGUCCUCGCUCAAGUUCCUCACGCGCGCCGUGGCCUGCAUGCCCAACGACGCCGGCUACGCCACCAGCUCGAUCGAGGGCCGCGUGGCGGUCGAGUGGUUCGAGGACACGGCCGAGUCGCAGGCGCGCAAGUACGCCUUCAAGUGCCACCGGCAGACGGCGCCCGAGGAGGAGGGCGGCGGUGACGUGGUCUACCCCGUCAACGCACUGACGUUCCACCCCGUGUACGGCACGUUCGCUUCGGGCGGCGGCGACGGCACCGUGGCGCUGUGGGACGCCGAGGCCAAGCGCAGGAUGAGACAGUAUCAGAAGUUCCCCGACAGCGUCGCGGCGCUGGCGUUCUCGAAUAACGGCAAGUAUCUUGCCAUUGUCGUGUGCCGCGGGUUUGAGACGGAUAUGGAGGAUUUCAACAGCGCGGGGAGGACGAAGGUGUUUAUCAGGGAGUUGGGUGAGACGGAGGCCAAGGGCAAGGGACCCAAGUGAUUAAGUUCACUUGUCUUUCUGCUUCCUGUCCUUUCUCUCUUCGCUUGCUGUCUCGUGUGACAUCUUUUCGGGUAUAAUCUAGGUGCAAUCGGCGUUUUAUAUGAUAUGGGACAAAGGGCGGGCGGGGGUCAUUAUGUGGCAUUGCUAUUUGCGGAAACGUCGUCGAAAAAAAGUUAGAUCGACAUUGCGAGUUUUGGUAAUUGACCGGGUCAUGCAUGAUCAAGACAAAUCAGAUGAAUAGAAAUACGGAUGAUCAAAGACCUGAAAUGGUUGUAUGGUAGUUAACUGACUAGAGAGUCACUUUAAAAGUCAGGGUGCCGUUGGUACAGAUAACCUGUCGGUGCAUGAAGAAAUAAGGUCGAAAUCCCACC